GCAAGACUGAACUGUACGUUCAACUGAGAGAGGAAGUUACGAUGAAUUCGUUCGCAGCUAGCCGGCUACUGCUAACUUGCUAAGAAAGUAAACAAGUCUAUGGUAUGAUAUUGAAAUUAAACCGCAGCAAUAAAUAACUUUUCAGACAUGAAGGAAGACAAGGAAAACACCCGACCCAAGGAUAAAAGAGUGGACUUAAGGAGCGAAGAUGGAGAAAAGAUGGAGAGAUCCAAAGAAAAGAAAGAGGCCAUGACAAAGAUCGUGAUCAGGCGUUUACCACCAAGUUUGACGAAGGACGAACUGGAGGAGCAGCUACAGCCGCUCCCAGAGCUGGACUACAUGGAGUUCUUCUCUAACGAUACCAGCCUUUAUCCUCAUCUCUUCGCAAGGGCUUACAUCAAUUUCAAAAAUCAAGAUGAUAUUGUCCUCUUCAGAGAUCGAUUUGAUGGAUAUGUAUUCAUUGACAGCAGAGGUCAGGAGUAUCCUGCCAUUGUCGAGUUUGCACCCUUUCAAAAGACUGCCAAGAAGAGAAGUAAGAAGAAGGAUGCAAAGUGUGGAACGAUAAGUGACGAUCCUGAUUACAAGAAAUUCCUUGAAUAUUACAAUGGAGAUGAAGAAAAGUUGACAUCAACACCUGAGACCUUGUUGGAAGAGAUUGAGGCAAAAUCAAAGGAACUAGUAGCUAAGAAAACAACUCCUCUGCUGGACUUCCUGAAAAAUAAACAGAGAAUCAAGGAGGAAAAGAAAGAAGAGAGGAGGAGGCGAGAGCUGGAGCGCAAGCGUCUGCGGGAUGAGGAGCGACGCAAGUGGAGGGAGGAGGAGAGAAGGAAGCGUAAGGAGGCAGACAAGAUGAAGAGACUUGAGAAGCCGCUGGAGAAAGACAAGGACCAAGUCAAAGAAGAACCAAAAAUUAAGCUUUUGAAGAAGCCAGACAGAGGUGAUGAUGCUGAUUCAGAGAAGCCAAAGGAAAAGGCCAAGAAAACAGAGAAGCACAGUAAAGAUGACAGACCCUUGGGGAGUACUGAUCACAAGAGGCGUCAGCACAUCGACAAUAAGGAGGAUCGAGGAAGGAAAGUGGACGACGAUGGGCGGAAGGAGUUCAGAGAGCGCGACGAACGGGAGAAGGAGCGCAGGCAGAAAGAGAAGGAGCGCAUCAGGCGACAGGACGAAGACCGGCGGAGAAGGAGAGAGCGGCAUGAUGGAGAGAACUCAAACAGGAAGCGGGAAGAUGAAGUGAAAAGAGAAAAGGAACAUGAGAAGAAAAAAGUUGAAAAUAGUGGGGAGUCCGGUCACUUGGAGAGGCCGGAAAAGUUUGCCAAAGACAAUAAGAAGGAGGAAAGUAGCAAAAGAGAGCGACUACGAAAUAAAGACCGUCCUGCUAUUCAGCUCUAUCAACCCGGUACCAGAAGCCGCAAUCGGACUACAGGAGGUGGAGGAACCGAAUCCAACUCUGCAGACAGGAAACCAGAUCCUGAGACCAAGAAAGCGGGUGACAAAGGAGACGACUGAGCAGAUUUCUACUUAUGGCCUUGAAUGAUUGGUGAGGAGAGUAGAGAAACAGACCUCUGAGGCUCGGAGCAGUGGUGUGAUGCCUCAGGGCGACGUGCACUGCAGCAGCUGAAGCACAGCCACAUCUGGCAUUCCCAGUCUGAGAGGCAGUGGUGUGAUGCUGGAGCCUCUUAGUGCCUGAAUGUGACCUUCUUUUAGUUUUAUUUGUUAGGAAAGGUCACAGUAACCCUCAAACAGAGUUUGGCUGAAGGCCACAUUAGGUAAAUCCAAAGCUUUCUUGGAUGUCGUGUACUCAAAGUGACCUUAUUUCAGUGUUGUUUCUCUGAUAAAAAAAGGGGUCCAAACUGAAAACAUUGGCGGUUCAUUUCUUUAUCAACAAUAUUGUUUCAACACUGUCUUAAGCAUGAUGUCUAUUGUACCUUUGCUGUAUCUCAAUUGAAAUUACAUCCAUGUACUCUGCCUGGGGAGGGAAAGCAACGUGCAGAACUGUUAUGAAAGUGAUCCAUUCUCAAUGUAUAUCCUCAUGUUCAUACAUUCAUACACUCACUGAGGAGUAAUAGCCAUUACUGCCUAGACUGCUGUGUGAUACACACCAUGCCUGCAUGAAGACUGCAAUCUGAAUGAUCAACCUGUGGCCUUUCCCCUUUUUUCUAAUCUGAUUAUGAACUGAAUACAGCAUGAGAAUAUAUCACUGCUGGUAACACACGGGAGACACUUCUGACUGCAAAUAAAAGUCCUUUGUUAUAAA